AUGCUACUUCUCAAGACUCUGGCGCUGCUCGCCGCAGCUGUGACGGUUACUGGACAGUCCAUCGACAGUCUGCCCGAGUGUUCUCAAAACUGCUACUACUCUUCCCGCGAUGGAUCUUCGCUGUGCACCGGCGCCGCUCAGGCUGACAUGAAGUGCCUUUGCCCCAGUGCCGACUUUUUCAACGCCAUCCAUGACUGUGUGACUAAUGCUUGCGAGUCUGUGUAUGGUGAGGCGGCCGUUGGGGAGAACGCUGGUAUUGCUGUAGCCGCAGCUCACGCUUUGUGUGCCACCGCGACUGCUGAGGCACCCGCCGCGACUGCUGAGGCACCGGCCGCAACUUCAGCGGCUCCCGGCAAUCCAGAUGCUGCCGCACCCCCUGCGAGCACUCCUGCGCCUGAGACUCCCGCUGGAGAGACCCAGCCUGUUGCCUCUGCGGUACCCUCUGCUACCGAGGCGUCCAAUUCUGUCCCGACAGAUGCCGCUGCCACCAGUGCCUCGGCCCCAUCAACCGCCGCCACUUCCGCUACUGAGAACUCCGAGUCGGCAACAUCCACUGGAGCCGGCGCGAUUAUUCCCGUGGCCACUGAAGGCUCCAGCACCUCCUCCGCCUCUGCCCCGGCAUCCACCUCGAAGGACAAAGACGAGGAUGAUAGUGAGGACGAGGACGAGGAUGAUGACAAACCUGGACUUUCUACGGGCGCCAAAGCCGGCAUUGGCGCUGCCAUUGGAGUAGCAUCCCUCGUGUUGCUUGUAACCGCCGCCCUUUGGAUUUUCCGCAAGCGCAGCACUCCGAAGGAUCAUAUCAAGAUCUCGGACCCUGUGGCAGGCGGACGUCACUAUGCCAGCGAUCCGUACAACCACAACAACUUUUCGAAGGCCACAAGCCACGGCGGUGUCAGCGGCAUCACCAUCAUGAGCGAGAACGAGUUGGAAAUGAAGAGUCGCCGGUAUGAGGACAUGGUGCCUAGACAGCAGCCGAGGAACAUGGUUUAA